AUGAGCCCCAAGAAGGGCGAAACCCGUCGUGGGUUGUCGAAGAGUUUUGAGCAAACUUGUGAGAAACUACUCACAAGUUUGCUGAAAACUCUUCGACAGCCCACGACUAGUUUCGCCCUUCCCGUCGGGGCUCAUCAGGCGCAGUCUCCGAGUUUCCGUCAACCUUAUGUUCUACUUGGACCCAAAUUGCACUGUUUUCGAGAACAACACAAACAUUCCCAAAUCAAUUUGGUUUUCACAAGGGACUCAACUGAAUCUUUCGUUUAUGAUGUCCUACAACUGAAUGUGCUACACACAGGCCGCCUCAUCUUUCAAAAGAAACCUUCAGUAAAAAUAGAAUCUUUCCUGAAGAAAACUACUCACAAGGUUGCUGAAAACACUUCGACAGCCCACGACCGGUUUCGCCCUUCCUGUCGGGGCUCAUCAGGUAGGCGCGGUCCCCGAGUUUCCGUCAACCUUAUCUUCUACUUGAAACUAAAUUCGAUAGAUCUGCACAAGUACACUAAUUUGUACAUCAGGUGGGUUUUCACGGGAGACUCGACCGAAUCUCGCGUUUAUGCUAUUCUUCAACUGAAAUGUAUUGCAUACAGGCCGCUUCAUGUGUCAAUCGGUACAAUAUUCAAGAUAUUGCCCGAAACAGAAAGACGGAACCGGUCGUGGGCAGUCAAAGAGUUUUCAGCAACCUUCUUAUCCCGCACAAGACUGGCCGAGACGCUUGCCGGUCCGGUAUCAAGCCGAGAGCUGUUUGGUCUGGACUCAACAGCCAAUCAUGACCCAUCGAAAAGUCAAAAGUCUGUGAGUUCAUCAACAGUCUGUUCGGCGAAAUACACUCAUUUUCAAACUAUUUGCGAGGAACUCACCUGGAACCCAGCUGAAUCUAUCGUUUUUGCUGUUUCCAGGCAAAUGAAUGUGCUGCACCAUGCCGCCCCAUGUUUCAGUCGCUACGAUAUUCCAGAUAUCGCGAUACAUGUAUAUAUUCGAUAUGCUGUUAUCCAACAGUUGGUACAAAGCAGAUUAACCAGGCGCGAAAAAAUUUACACUGCUAUGAUUGCAGUAUCCCCCAACCGAGUUUUCAGGACGUACCCAGACAGGAAAAAAAGCACAUGUGCGGAGAGUGACGCAUCCCAAGGUCACCAUCGCUACGACACGUCCGGAAAGCAGAUGGCAUUGACCAGCGCAGCUGAGUUUGCUGGUAUUGGCCUUCACACUUCGCUGCCGAGUCAUUGUUUGACCGCCUCUGGUUCUCUUCCACCCUUCACAUGGUUGGGCGAAAAGAGCCCUUCGAGGAAGUCGGUCGACUGGUAUACGCAGCACGUGGCCAAGCCAGCGCAACCUGUGCAGUGUGAUCAGUUCAUCUAUCGAGGCUAUUUUCCUGCACUUGAAGAAAUUUUUCGCAAGAAUAGGUUGGAGUUUUUCAACCAUUUAGGGGACCGAGUAGCUAACCAAGUCAGCCGUUGGAAUGAAAGAAUUAUAAAUUUUGGAUCAAGCUGA